AUGGCAGGUAGAGGAGGAAAAACGAAAAGUGGGAGAAGCUCAAGAGCUCAAAAAUCCGAUGGUCCUGCUGUUGAGGUGCUAUCAGAAGAAAACACUAGUGAUGAUCUGCCUGAACACCCCUCUAAGAGAGGCCAGAAAAGGAGUCGUCCAGCUACUAGAGGUGGAGUCUCUAGUAGAACUAGAGCUAGAAAAGCGGUGUCUUAUGGGAAUGAACCCGUAGGAGAUGAUGCAGUCGAAGAAGAGAGUCCUCGAGUCCAGAAAGAGAGUGCACCAAUGAGAGAUACGAAUGUAGCUUCGUUCUCACUUGAUACUGAAAGCGAAGACAUGUCUGCUGCUGUGUCCUCUAAGGAAAGCCAACCAUCGCAGCCUCUUGAAUUGUACUUCAAGAGCACAGAGUACCCGAAGACUUGCAAGAUUCAGUCGAAGUGUAAAUUGAAGGACACAGUCGACCUGAUUAAGGGGUUAAAAGAAGAAGUCGCCUGGUUCACAAGCCAUCCACAGUUUUGUCAUUUCUUCCACAUGCCUGAUGAAGAAUUCCGGAAGCUCCAAGGAAUGUGGAUGUUACUCCUGCGCACCAUUAAAAUUGAAGGAGAAGAUGCUGCAUGGUUUGGGGUGAAUGGUGUGCCCAUCCGAUAUUCUAUGAGGGAGCAUGCCCUCAUCUCUGGCUUGGACUGCCAUGAGUAUCCGAGGAGGUAUUUGGAGCUCGGCAGUACUAAGUUUGUGGAGUAUUACUUUGGUAAGAAGAGGAUCACCAUAUUAAAUGUGGAGCAGAAGCUGCGGUCUAUGAAGCAACCAUGUAUUGAUAGAUUGAAGAUGGCUGUCUUGUUCUUCCUUGGUCGGGUUAUCAGAGGAGGGAAGGAUUCCGGACCAUUAGACCCGUUCAUCUUGAGGAUAGUGGAAAAUUUAGAUGACUGCAUAGACUUUCCAUGGGGUCGUCUAACAUUUGAGGAAGCAAUAAAGGAGUUGAAGCAUGUGAUGAAGCGUCUGGAUGGUGAAGUGACCACUGCAACCAGCUUUAAUGGAUUCAUAAUUCCGUUAGAGUGUAUUCCUAAGCUAGGGAAAAAAUUCAGAAUCUCUUUACCUGGCGCCAGUGGAGAUUGUCCUAGGAUGUGCAAGAGCCGGUUUAUUCAUACUAGCAUGAAGGGUUAUCCUUUGGAAGAUAUAUAUGAUGCGUUUGGAAACACAAAGACUAUUCACAGUGUGUUGGUUCCAACUGUGGAUGAGCAAACUUUGCUAGCUCGUAUCAUUGAUCCGGAGCCAGAGUAUCACCGUGAGGGCAGCAAAAGUGAUAGGUGGAAUCACUGGCUUAAUGUGAAGCAGAAGAAGAUUUGGUGGAAAGAGUUGUAUGAGUCAGAUAUUGCUGCACGAGUGUUUACAAAGAAGAAGGACAAAGAAAAAGUGAUGAUUGAAGCAGGUUCUUCUUCUAAUGUUGGCAUGGAGUCGAUCUUGAAAGGUUUGGAAGAGAGGAUGGUGAAAGUCAUGGAAGAAGGAUUUUCUGGAAUUAAUUUGACAGUAGAUACAAAGCUGGAGGCUAUGUAUUGGACGUUGGAUGAACUUGAGAAGUCCCAACGAGUUCUGAAAGCCAAGUAUAAGAAGAUAGAAAAGAGGCUGGCUUCUAUAGAAGAAGAAAAGGGUCAUGAGGAUGUGGAGUUUAGACAGUGA